AUGAAGACGAGGUCGGAGGAGAAGCUGACGGAGUGGUCUCACGUCAACGCUGCCGAGUGCGCACCAUCCUUGGGGCUAGCAUCUGAGCAGAGAGCGUGGAGGAAGAUGGACAUGACAGUGCUGCCAUUGAUCACCAUGAUGUAUUUCUUGUCGUCGCUGGAUCGCUCGAACAUCGGAAAUGCAAAGAUUGCAGGUUUGCAGCAUGAUAUCGGUAUUACGACCAACCAGUAUAGCCUGGCCCUCACGAUUGCGCUCAUACCUUACGUGCUUGUAGAAGUCCCGGCUAAUAUUGUCAUGUUGCGGAUCGGUCCUCGCGUAUUCCUUUCGACGCUCGUCACACUGUGGGGUGUGGCAUGUACACUACAAGGGGUCGUUCGCGAUUACCCUGACCUGUUGGCUUGUAGGUUUUUCCUAGGUUUCUUCGAAGGAGGGCUACCUCCCGGUGUAUUUUUCUAUCUCGCUUCGUUCUAUCCUCGACGUAUGCUACAGUUCCGGAUGUCAAUAAUGUUCUCAGCUUCGGCUUUCGCAUCCGCAUUUUCCGGUCUGCUCGCUGCGGGGAUCCUGAAGAUGGAUGGUGUCGGGGGAAGACCCGGAUGGGCGUGGGUCUUCAUCCUAGAGGGCCUGUUUUCCGUUCUUUUCGGAGCCAUCGUGUUUAUCCUACUCCCAAACAGCCCCAGCUCAGUCUACACUCUCAACCGGGAGGAGCGAGAUAUCGUCACGUUGGCUCUGUUCGGCGACGGAAUCCUGGACAUGAACGAGCAGACGAACAGGGGCCGAAGGUCCUGGCGUGAGCUGGGUAGAUCCGCCGUUCAGCCGCAAGUCCUGCUGUUGUGUAGUGCAGCGCUGUUCAGCGGUGAAAUGCUCAUUUUAUUUUGCAGUUACUUGCCGAGUAUCGUUGCCGCAGUCGGAUAUGAGGGCACUCGUGCUCAACUCAUGAGCGUCCCUCCGUUUGCGGUUGGUGCAAUUUUGUCGAUAUCCACGGCAAUCUGGGCGGAUCGGUUCGCGUCGCGGGGGGCAACGGUCAUCUUUUUCUCCCUGCUGUCUACUGCAGGGUUCGCCAUUUUUCUAGUUGCGAACCCCGACUUCGUUCACAGGGCUUUGGGAAAUCAUGCCCGCUAUGGCUCUCUCUUCCUGGCUGUACCAGGCACCUACAGCAUCGUGGCGCCCCUCGGGACAUGGAUGGCGAACAACACAGCUCCACUUGUCCGCCGCGCGACAUCCGUCGCUCUACUCACGGCAUGCGGGAACGCGGGCGCAAUCCUCUCGACGUGGCUGUACGGCACGCUCUCCCCGGCCCCAGCGUACACCGCAGCCACCAUCACGCUGCUGGUGCUGCAGGUGGGAAUCCUUAUUUGUGCGGCGACAGCGUGGGCAUACCUGGCGUGGCGGAACCGGGUAAAGGCAAGGCGACGGGCAGAGGUGCGUGUGGACGAGCUGGGCACGAUGCCGUCCGCACAGGAGAUGUCGGACGAGAGCAUUUGGUUCCAGUAUGUCAUGUGA